UCGGUCUCUAAAUUACAUUAGAUUGAGUCGCAAAUAAUAUUUAUAUAUUGACAAUAUUUAUGUUUCUAUACGUAAGGCUAUAUAUACAUUAAUGGCUUCUUAGAGGCAGUUAAAGGUUAUCUGAGUGUCUUCCCAUACAUUAAUAGCUAACGACUUUUGACACUUAACAACAAAAAUGAUCGUUCCGAUUAAGAGAGAUGGAGUUAUUGAAGAUUGGGCAAUUAUAGACCUUCAAGGUGAUUUAAAUUUCGAGAAAGUUGAAAAUCCUAACAAUCAAUUGAUCGGAGACCUACAUUUUACAAAAACUGGAAUACCUAUUUUAAUUAUUGGAAUUCAUGUACUACAUGGAAAACAGGUGAUGCUUGAGAAACCUCUAGUUGUAUUAGAGAAACAUAAAAAAAACACAGAUGAGAUAAUGGGACAGGAAAUUGAAACAAAGACUGAAUAUGUAGUAAAGGCAAUUGUAAAGAAGAAACUUUUAUUUAGAACACGACCAAAAUCUAUAGUGACUAAUGUUCCAAAACCAUGCUAAUCUUAAAGAAUUAAACAUAAAUA